AUGUCGGAUUCAGCCCUACAAGAGCCUUCGGCGCUACCGACGCUUCCCGAUGCGCCUUUGAGCGCCGGUCGCUCAUCCCCCAGCCAUGGGGCAGAGCCGACCCAGACCCAGGAGGCUAUCUCGGAUGAGUUGAAGACUCGCCUCGACAAGAUCAUUUAUUCUGAUAUUGGCAUCAGCACCCUCUUGACUCGGUUGAAGCAAAGCGUGGCCUCCGCAAGGGAUUUCUCGACAUUCCUGAAAAAGCGCGGGUCCCUCGAAGAAGAGCACGCUCAGGGGCUGCGAAAACUGUCUCGCGUGAUCAACGAUGCGUCGCAACGCACGGAGAAUCGACAAGGAACAUACAGUUCCAGCUACAAAGAAAUUCACCGAAUCCAGGAGCGGAUGGUCGACCAUGGCCUCCAAUUCGCCGUCUCCCUCCACCAGAUGUCGGACGAUCUGCACGAGCUGGCCGGGAACAUCGAGCGCGGCCGCAAACAAUGGAAGCAGACGGGGUUGGCCGCAGAGAAGAAGGUCGUCGAUGCGGAAUCGCUGGCUGAGAAGGCGAAGUCUAAGUACGAGUCGUUGGCAGAACAGUAUGACCGCGUCCGCACGGGGGACAAGCAGGGUGGUAAAUUUGGUCUGAAGGGUCACAAGUCUGCUGCGCAGCACGAGGAGGAGCUGUUGCGCAAGGUACAGAAUGCGGAUAGCGAUUAUGCCGCUAAGGUGCAGGCUGCACAGACUGCGCGCCAGGAGUUGGUGUCUACGCACCGACCUCAGGCCGUACUCAAUCUUCAGCAAUUGAUUGCCGAGUGCGACUCUGGUUUGACCCUGCAGCAGCAGAAGUUCGCUACUUUCAGCGAGAAACUGCUUUUGGGCCAGGGUAUCUGCAUCAAGCCUCUCAAGGAUGAUGCGAACGCCUCUUUCGGGCCUAAGAGCCUGGCCGAGGUUGUUCGCCAGGUUGAUAACCAGAAGGAUCUUCACGAGUUUAUUCUGAGUCAUGAAGGCAAUCCGGGGGCUGUGGCUUCAGAACAAAUCAAAUAUGAGCGCCAUCCAGUUCUCGGUGGUACUGGGGCUUCUGCUCCUGCAGCACCUGCGCAACCUGCCUCUCAAAACAAGCGCUUGUCCAUCAUGCCGCAAGGAUUCUCCGCGAGUAACGUCUCAUCGCCGACGCCUCCGCAACCGCAACCGCACAACGGAGAUCGACUGCCGCAAUCACCUUAUCCUCCUCCACAGCCGGAGACAUUCACUCCACCCCCGGCUGGCACACCUCCUUACCCGGUAUCAGGGCCGCCCGUACCCGAACCUGCAUCUCAAGUUCACGUGCCAAUGGCAGGGCCUCCCCCGAUGGAUAAGAAUUUCCAGGCGAAUCUCCCUCCGCUGAAGCCAGUGUUUGGUGUCUCGCUGAACGACCUAUAUGCCCGGGACGGAACGGCGGUUCCCUUCAUUGUAUACCAGUGCUUCCAGGCAGUUGAACUGUUUGGUCUGGAUUUGGAGGGCAUUUAUCGACUCUCGGGCAGCGCCAAUCAUAUCAACCACAUGAAGGCUUUGUUCGACAAUGACUCAUCGCAAGUCGACUUCACGAACCCAGAGAACUUCUACCAUGAUGUCAACAGUGUUGCAGGACUAGUGAAGCAGUUCUUCAGGGAUCUACCAGACCCUCUGUUUACUAACCAGUUCUACCACCAGUUCAUUGAGGCUGCCCGCUUCGACGAUGACAUCCAACGCCGAGACUCGCUGCACGCCCUCAUCAACAGCCUGCCCGAUGCCCACUAUGCCACUCUUCGGGCCAUCAUUCUGCAUCUUAACAAGAUCCAAGAACACUAUACCCAGAACCGCAUGAACGCAGGCAAUCUCGCCAUCUGCUUCGGUCCAACCCUGAUGGGCGCCAACUCCGGCGGCAACAUCGCCGACGCCGGAUGGCAGGUCCGCGUCAUCGAAACGAUCCUGAAUAACACAUUCCAGAUCUUCGACGACGACUGA